GUAGUGUUGAUUUCCUCCAUCAUUACUAGAUUCUCUCUCUCAACUGCUUGCUCGCUGUGGCUAUGCGCAGAAUUCCUCCACCGGGCUGGUCAAUCUCUGACCGUUACUCGUUCAAGGACCGACGACUGCACUUGAGUGAUGCCGCAACAGUCUAUGCCUGGCCUAGCACUGGCGGCAGACUCGAGUUGCAAAACCCUAGUGCACUCGAGCUGGAUAUACUCGGAAUCGAGGAUCACUUCAACGAGAGCAAUAAGUCUAACGACGCUGUCGAAGAAGAUGCGUUUUUUCUUAGGCUUCGGAGGCUUGGUGGAACAUUUUACGAGUACCAAUACGGCUCAAGACAUGAGGAACUUCGCGGUGCUGAAAUUCAUACUUGGUUAGGCUGGCCUGAGGAUGAAAAGCAUAAAGGUGGUGUGUGGGUGUUGAAGCUGAAGUGGAGCGAGUUGAGAAGCCCCGUCCGGCCUCGGAUGACGGGGAGGAUCAGGCUGGCGAGGACGAUGCAGGAUCGGUGCCGAGCCAUUGAGAUGUGUGGCGGAAUUUUCUAUGCAAAUCCCACUGACGAGCACCUGGUCCCGAUGGAACCGAUGCCCAGCCUGCAAGAACUACUACUCACCCAAGCCCUCUCACCUCCCGAAGCACCAGUACCACCAGAUUUUCAACAAGACUGGAUAGAUCACCACGAGCAAUAGCGUUGAUGUCAAACGGCAUUUUGAGCUGUCGAGUCGCACUAUACUGGUUAAGCGGUUGUAGCUGUUUGCAGGUCAAGGUUGGAUCCGCUAAGUCUGACUCGGGGCCAGUACUGAGGAAGAUAGGUGAAUAUAAUGCUGAGGAUGGCGAGGGAGUUUCAGGUGUGUUAAGUCGACCUGUAGUCGCCGGGGCAGCCGGACAGGUACGCCC